AAUGAGACCUAAACACAGCCACUACAUCCCGCCAUUAUUCAUUCAUUUACAUAUGCCUGUGUAUUUACGCUAUGUUUGUAAAGCUUUUCAGUUGACGAAUAAUAUCACCGUUAGGAGAAUGUCGCAGGAAACUACCAAAAAUGGGAAGAAAGUGUAUAAGUUGGUUUUGACUGGGGGACCAUGUGGUGGAAAAACGACUGGGCAAUCAAGACUCUCAACAUUCUUUGAAAAUUUGGGCUGGAAGGUAUACCGAGUGCCGGAAUGUGCUACAGUUAUAAUGAGUGGUGGUGUAAAGUGGACAGAGUUAUCAGAAGAUUCAGCUUACACGUUCCAAGAAAAUCUUUUGAAGGCCAUGAUGUCAAUAGAGAAUUCAUAUUUUGAUCUCGCUGAGUCGUGUUCAGGAAAUUGCAUCGUCAUUUGUGAUCGAGGUACCAUGGAUGCUACAGCUUAUAUGAAGCCAGGACAAUGGGAAAAGAUGAAAAAGGCUAAUAACUGGAAUGAAGUGACGUUACGGGACAGUCGCUAUAAUCAGAUCAUUCACAUGGUCUCAGCUGCUAAGGGAGCAGAGGAGUUCUACACAACAGAGGAACAUGCCACACGAUACGAGGAUUUAGACGGAGCACGAAACCUUGAUGACAUGGCUUCUCAGGCUUGGGUUGGCCAUCCCUACUAUGACGUGAUGGACAACUCCACAAACUUCGACCUCAAGUUGAUGAGAAUGAUUGGUGCUGUAUGUCAGCGCCUCGGAAUAGAUGUAUCCGACCGUUUGUCUAUUGACAGUAAGAAGCGCAAGUUCCUCGUUGCCAGUCUCGCUCUGAACGAACAUUUCCCCGAAAAAUAUCAGGACUUCAUUGUGGUGCAUGAUUAUUUGGUGACCCCGAGUCGUAGGAUGCAGGCACGAAUCCGAAGAAGGGGGCAGAAUGGCAAUUGGACGUAUACCCACACGAUCAGGCGGCCCGAGAUUAAGAAUCAGAGUGUGGAACUGAAGAUGCAAAGCUCAGGACGAGACUACCAGAUCCUGCUUGCUCAACGAGAUGACAAACAUCACACGAUAUACAAGAAACGUCGCUGUUUCCUCUGGAAUAACCAGUACUACCAGCUUGACAUCUAUGAGAAGCCUUGUCCUAAAUCAUGUGAUGGCCUUAUUCUCUUGGAAACCUACACAACUCAAAGUGACCGGCUUGACGUGCCACCCUUCUUAAAGAUCUCAAAGGAAGUCACCAACGACCCCAACUACUCCAUGUUCAAUCUCUCCAUGAAGGACCAGUUUGCACACUUGAAACAUUUCUCAAAAGACUUCAGUGCUCUGUCCCUGGACUUUGUUGACGAGAGAGACAUUUGUACGAUACAAAAGAUCAUUGCUAAUUCCCCAUCUGCUAUCAAUGGUGAAGAACAGUUUGCCUUCAGCGAGGAUGAUUUGUUAAAGAAUGAUCAUGCUAGUUCAGAGCGUGGAGACAGUGUCACUGAGGUGGAUUAGUCUUGAUAAUAUCUCGCUUCUAGUCUCAUAGUGUGUGCCUUCCUAGUUCGUACAGCCUCCGGUUAUGUGUGUAUAUAACGCAUCUGUUCUAAAGGAGGAUUAGACAGGGUUUUUUUUUAUUCUAUCAUUCAUUUGAAGUUUGCCAGCAGUUACUUGCUAGAAAAUCUUGUCUGGACUCAAGUGCUAGGCUUUGUUUCCUGAUAUUUGCAUUAAGUUGUCAGAUAGAACUGCUAAUUGUGUUAAAUUGGAGGCAUUUCUCUGUUCGAUAUCUUUGGCAGAGUUUAAGUAACACUCCUGGCCAUUAUAUAUAUUUACUCUAGAUACCAUGAAUUGGCAAAGAAAACCGCUCUCUUCGUGCAUUUUAUUGUGUCGAGUCGAAGAGUGUCCGUGUUUUACCUUACUCCAAUACAGCACCAGUCAUGAAGUCUACUAUCAAAUAAAUUUCCUGGUGAAAUAUAUUGAAGCAUAAUGACUGAUUAUGGGGUUUUCCGUUGACAAGUUAUGUUCGAUCCAUUUCAUUGGCUUGUUUGGUUGUGGGGUUUCAAGACUUCUUGGCUAUCAUUGUAACCUUUUCCCAGAUUGCGAUGUAACAUUUUUCAUCAUAUUUACUUUUUUUUCACUUUAUUUGCUUCAUGUCUCAUCUUGCCCUCUAUGAUGGGUUGAGUUGGAGGUAAAGGGCUGGGCAACAGUUGACAUGAUCCAAUUCUUGAUAUUGUAAAAUGGCAACUUGUCAUUGAUUUUUUUUCUAACAUGGUUUCAAUUUGAUCAUGUUUUGUUUUGUCUCAAACAAAACUUUCAAAUGAACGUUAAGGUAUUAGUUUACAUUGUACAGCUGCUUUUGGUUCACUUCUUUUGAAAGUGUGUGUACUAUUACAGAAACAAUGAAUCUUGUUGUGAAAGCUGAUUGGCGAUCAAAAUCAAAUGACCAUGGUCAGUUACCGCUUGGCUUGUUUUGAUUUUUAACACUUUUCACAUUACUUUUGACCUGCAUUGUUUGUUGUGAAAGAAAAGAUUUGAACAUCCAAUGUAGCUAAUGAA